AUAGCUGAGAUAGAGUAAUUCCAACCACUCCUUUUCUAUCUCUUUGUCUAUCUGUCUGUCCGUUUCUCGUACUUAUGUUGCACUGCAAUAUCAAACUCGCAGAAUUGCAAGAACUCAUUCCAAUACUGCAGCGUCCAACAAAAUUUUAGCAAGAUUUGAAUAGGGAUUUCAUCAACAAUCUUCGGAAGGAAGCUUAGUUAUUUCCGUCUUUUCUCUCUUAUCACAUACAAAACGUAAUCAAACGCAUGUCAGACAAUCAAAGCUAUCAAGUAUUCUUACAUUGCACAUCUGUUCACGCCUACAUUGACAUAAGAAAUCACACAAAGCUAAUAACCUCACAAGGAAAAGGAUGUCUUCAUUGGGCAAUCAAACCAUGUAUGGCUUCACUGUAACAUCUCUUGAUGGGAAACAGAAACAAUUGUCUGAUUACCAGGGAAAGGCAUGCAUGAUCAUCAAUGUUGCAUCUCUUUGAGGCACGACCACGCGCGACUACCAUCAGCUCAAUGAGCUGGCGGGAAAGUACGGGUCGCGCGGCUUUGAGGUUCUGGCGUUCCCCUGUAACCAGUUCGGGCAUCAGGAGAAUUGUAAGAAUGAAGAGAUUCUGAACUUGCUGAAAUACGUCAGACCAGGACAGGGUUAUGAACCACAAUUUCCAAUAUUCUCCAAAGUAACGGUCAAUGGUAAGGACAGCCAUCCUCUCUUCACCUUCCUCAAAACCAGCCUCCCUUUCCCUAGUGACCUGGCAGCAGGGGCGGGAUCAGUCCUCAUGAAUGACCCUAAGGGAAUCAUCUGGAGUCCUGUUAGACGUUAUGAUAUCAGCUGGAACUUUGAGAAGUUCUUGAUUAACAAAGAUGGAGUACCAGUUGCAAGGUACAGUCCCAAACUGCCCCCUGCAGACAUGGCUGGAGAUAUUGAGAAGCUCUUGUAGGCUGUGGCAUAUGCUGCAAAAAAAUUAUGUUCAAUGUUAUUUCAAAACAAAUCUUUCCAUGAUUUGAAUUAUUUCAAAACAAAAUCUUUCCAUGAUUUGAAAUAAUUUAAUGGCUUUCUAUCAAAUGGAAAAAACAAAUUUUAGUCAUUGACUUUGAAAAUAACACUCGCACAUUGAAUUAUCUUUGAAAAAAGCUCGAUAUUGACAAAGAAACUAAAUCUUUAAGUUGUAUCACUGUGUAUGACAUGGGAAUUAUAUUUCCAUUUCAGAUUUUCUGUUGAUUUAUUAAUUUGAGUUUAUUUACACAAUUUAAUACUUUGUUGAUUUUUUUCUUAAUAAAAAUCAGGAACUCUGUUGUUGGGCAUUAAAUGAGUAUUAAUGUUUAAAAUAUAUUGCCUUACAUUGUUUACCUCUUGUUGUACAUAGGCAGAAGGUAGACCUUCAUUAGCAUUGUUUUUUCAGUUUCAAUAUUCUUUAUUAAACUUUCUUCUUGGACAUUCAUGAACAUUUACCUGUUAGAAAAUAAAGUCAAGACAAUCAUGCAUUUUGUAUGUAAUUCAGCAUGAAAUAGCCCCCCCCCCACCCCCGUUGGGGAAAUAAUUGGUUAACCCACUCAUAUGAUUAUGUGCUAUAUUCAAUGUAUAAUUGAUGCCAGCUUAGCCAAUCCUAUAAUGUGAUCCCAUAUCUGAUUAUAUGUAAAGCAUUAAUUCAUCAAUCAGUAUUUUGUGUGUGAUUUUAACCUUGACAAUGUUAUCAACUAGGAUAACCUGUAACACUUCCAUUGAUUAUUAUUUAUUCUUCACAAUAGUAUUUAUUUGUAUUUGCACUUGACAGCUUUUAUUUUCUGUGUUGUCUUUUUUUCAAAGACCAUUUUUCCUUUAUGAUAGUAUUGUUUUUAAAUCAAGCCUUGAAGAAAUGAUAUUUGAUGUGUUGGAAAACCGAUGUACUUUAAGAAAAAAAAGGAAACACUGAAAAUAAUGGUUUGUUUUUAUGUGCUUUGACAUUCAUUAGUCUUCAGGGUCAGUAUGUAGAUGUGACAUGAGAAGUAUUAGUAUUGUAUGUGCCUUUAUUUCAUGCUUUCUUUACCUCUUGCAGAUGUCUCCCAUUGAUUUUUAUUCUCAUCUAUGAUGGCGUUGUCUUAAACUCUUAAUAGAGAGAGUAAUGCCGGAUGCUUUACAGAAUCUAAUCAAACGCAAUGCAAGAGAUAAAGUAAACAUUUGAAGAUCAUUUUACAUAGAGAGAAAAUAUUAAAAUAACCACCAAGAAAAGUUUUGAUUGCUCAGAUUUUCUUUGUCCAAUGUCUCAACCACUCCAAAUAUGGGAUCCCUAUGUUAAUACCUUGAUUAAUCAGUUUUUCGGGCCACAUAAUUUCACAUAUUUUUGUAUUGUUUAGGCUUCCACCAACUGAGAGUUUAGAAGGCCAGCAUUCACUAACUACUUUUUAAAGCCAAAUGGUCAAUCAUUUUUUUUUUCUUUUUGCUGCUUGUUGUCUUGCAAUUGUUGGAGAAAAAAGUGACAAUGAUUAGGUGUUUAGAGGGUGAUACGACAUAUGCUUUUGUCUGUGGCAUUUGCUCCUUAAUAUCUCAGAGGGAAUAGGGUUUUGAGUUAGGAUUGUAAGAGAAUUUCAGUUCAGAACAAUGUAAAGAUUAAGAUCAGGGUUUAUUUAGUUUUGGAAGUUAGGUUUUGUCGGAGCAAUUGUCGCCAGAGCUCAUGUCAUGGAACCAUUUAGAGAUUAUAUAGAAUAUAUAUAUCUGUAAAUGGUUCCAUGACGUGCUCUGGUGUUGUAUAUUGUGUUGAAGGCAUGUUCAGCUAAA